CCCAACAACAUCGUUCUUCUCCAUUGGCCAUAUAAAUUCCUUUCUCCUUUUUUUAAUGAACGACUGCUAGCAGAUUCCUCUCUCUAUCUCUGACGCAGCGAACCAGGCGACAGGAGGAAGCCGAUCUCCCAAGCAAACUCUCGAACACUAAAUCUCUCAACUCGAUCGAUACACUCCAACGGUGCUAUCGGGACCGGAAUUCAUCUUUGUUUGGUCUUUCACAGCAUUAGAAGCUGAGAAACGAAACGGAGAAGGAGCUUUAAAUCCGUUCCCUGUAGUCUUAGUUUCCAAGCCCUAGACGAGCGUUAAAUGUUCAGACGAAGAGGUUAGAAACCCUAAUUUAGUCUCUAAUGAGGGCAAUCAGGCUUCCCGAGCCGCCAAGCGGUUCUCUAGGGAUGCCGGAGAUAUUCGAAGGCGGGAUUUACAGUGUUAUUAAACGGGCAGUUAUAAUUGGGAACGGGUUUUCUGGUGCGGAAAAUCAAAGUAUUGGAUUAGUUCGUGCUCUCGGGCUUACAGAUAGUCAAUCAAUAUAUCGGGUUACGAGGCCAAGAGGAGGAAUCAAUGAAUGGCUUCACUGGCUUCCAGUUUCUCUACACAAAAAAUUAGACUACGUCAUAAGACGGAUUUGUGGUGAUUCACGAUUUCCGGUUGCAUUUAAGGGGAAAAAACUGGUUCCCCUUCUUGCUGAAAAUGGUGGAAGUUCAGGUUUGUCAUCCAUUCUGGAAGCCGAUCCAAAGCAGAUUGCAACCAUGGCUCGUGAGACAUUUGAGAAGGAUGGUCCUUUAUUGGUUGUUGCAUCGGGUCGAGAUACCAUCUCUGUAGCAAGCUCCAUUAAACGGUUAGCGCCUGAAAAUGUUUUUGUUGUUCAGAUACAACAUCCAAGGUCACAUCUCAAUAGGUUUGAUCUGGUGAUUACUCCUAGGCAUGACUAUUAUCCAUUGACUCCUGAAGCACAGAAACAGAUCCCUCGAUUUCUCCGUAGGUGGAUAACUCCGCGAGAUCCUCCUGAUCAGCAUGUGGUUCUCACUGUGGGAGCUUUACAUCAAGCAGAUUCUGCUGCACUUAGAAGUGCUGCUAUUGCCUGGCAUGAUGAAUUGGCACCUCUUCCAAAGCCAUUACUUGUUGUUAAUGUUGGAGGACCCACAAGCCACUGUCGUUAUGGUGCGGACCUUGCCAAGCAGUUAGCUUCUUCAGUGCAAAAUGUCCUUGCAACCUGUGGAAGUCUUAGAAUUUCUUUCUCUCGAAGGACGCCACAGAAGGUAUCUGAUAUCUUAUUGAAAGAACUUGCUAAUCAUCCAAAGGUCUACAUUUGGGAUGGUGAAGAUCCAAAUCCACAUUUGGGCCAUUUAGCUUGGGCAGAUGCUUUUGUCAUCACAGCAGAUUCAGUGAGUAUGUUGAGUGAGGCUUGCAGUACAGGGAAACCUGUAUAUGUCAUUGGGGCAGAGAGGUGUACAUGGAAAUUUUUGGAUUUUCAAAAUUCUCUCCGUGAACGAGGUGUGGUUCGGCCAUUCACGGGUAAAGAAGAUAUAUCUGAGAGCUGGAGCUACCCUCCCCUUAAUGAUACUGCAGAAGCAGCCAGUCGUGUACGUGAAGCACUUGCUGAGCGUGGAUGGAGAUUGCGGCAAUAAUAAAUAUUCUGGUCAGUAACUAGGUUCAUAGCUCAAUUGGUUGGUGCACAGAUUUGCAGCUUCUGAGUAAUAACUGUGUAUUCUCUCAGCUCUUACCAACCAAAAAAAGAUAUACAGUAUUUUACCCAAUUUCUUCCCCAACGUUCCGUUAGAGUAUUUCCUAUGUUGCUUAGGCUAAACAGUAUACGAUGCUUUGUUUCUCUUCCUUUCUAUUGCCAGAUAUUGCUUGGGUUUUGAGUUGCUUCAGAGCUGUAUAAUAAAAUGGCUGCAAUAGCUGCCCGGCUUGUAAAAUAGAUUCGAGCUACAUAUUCUUAAUAUCAUCAUAAUCACAUUCUUUUCUUUUUCUGUUGAAA